CCGACGGGACGGAACGUGUAUUUUUAACAACAAAAAUAAUUUUAGUAACAUGUAAACAAAACUAUAUCAUUGAAUUUAUCGAACUAUUGAAUAAUUGAUAAUGUUAUAAGUCGAAUCGGAAAUAAGUUACAAUGUCAGUCAAUCAAAGAACACCGAACAAUAAGCAAUCGAAGAGCAAGAGAGCACAAAUGGCUCGGCCUUCCAGCGGCUUAAUCGACUCUGAUUUUUUUGCAGGAUUUCGGUCAGACAUCGAAAAUGAAUCUCUUAAUCCUCCAUACAAAAGUCGUUUAUACAAUUUAUUUAGACAAAUAGAAAAGGAGUUUGAUUUGCUAUAUCAGGAGAAUCAAACUUUACAUGAAAAGAUAGAACUGCUUAAUGAGAAAUUGGAAAAAGAUGCAUCUGAAAAGCCAGAUAAUGUCGAAUAUGAAAGCAAUUUGUCCAAAGUAUUGGGAAAAAAAUUGAGUUCAGCUACCCAGAAGAACAAAACCGCUCACAUAUUAAAAGCUCAAACUAGCAAAAUCGUUUCAAGUUUCAAAGCUCCACAGUUUGCUUGUGCCUUGUUGAAAGAGUACGUUGGACACAAGGAUGGUAUUUGGGAAGUAUCUGUAGCCAGACCUGGUGUCCCUGUGGUUGGAAGUGCUUCCGCCGAUCAUACUGCUUGUUUAUGGAGCAUAGAUCGUGCAAAAUGUUUGCUACAGUAUCAAGGACACACAGGUUCCGUAAAUUCAAUCAGGUUUCAUCCAGCGAAAGAUUUAGUUCUUACAGGAAGCGGAGACUGUACAGCUCACAUCUGGCAAGCGGCACUUAAUUGGGAAUUACCGAGGGGACAAUCAUCUGAAGAAGAGUUAGAAGCUGAUGAGAUGGAGGAUAAAUCUGAAAUCAACAAAAUCGCAACUUUACGAACACCCUUUCAAGAAUUAAAGGGACACACUUCUCCUGUAGCUUCUGCAGAGUGGUUAGCUGGAGCCGAUCAAAUUAUUACUGGAGGUUGGGAUAGACUAGCCAUUCUGCACGAUGUUGAUACUGGUCAGCUUGUUACUACGUUAGCAGGUCACGAUCAGGAACUUAACCAUGUAGCUACUCAUCCAACUCAAAAGUUAGCAGUAACGUCGUCGAGGGAUACAACGUUUAGGCUAUGGGAUUUUAGGGAAAACGUUCAUUCGGUUUCUGUGUUUCAAGGACAUGCAGAGAGCGUAACAUCAGCAGUUUUUAACCGUGAAGACAAAGUAAUCUCUAGCUCAGAUGACCGCAGCGUAAAAGUGUGGGAUUUACGAAACAUGCGAUCACCUACUGCCACGAUACGAGUCGACUCCUCCGUCAAUCGAAUCAGCGUUUCUUCUCACGGUGUAAUCGCCAUACCCCACGACAACCGCCAUAUCAGAUUGUACGAUUUAACAGGCCAGAGAUUGGCCAGACUGCCCCGGUCCAGACGCCAAGGACACAGUAGGAUGGUGUCCAGUGUUGCCUGGGCGGACGAUUUUCCUUUCGGCGUUAAUUUGUUCUCGGCAGGCUUUGAUAGGAAAGUUCUAGGUUGGUCAGUGCAGUCUAUGAAAGACUGAAGGUAAAAGUUCGGAUAAAAAUUUAAUUUUUAUUCGCCUGGUCGAUAUAUGCACUGAUUUAAGCUUUUAAAUUGACAUUUUAAGAAGCUAUGCAGAUAACCAACAAGCUUACGACGUAAUUGGUUGUGUUAUCAGUAGGAUCAGAUUGGUCAAAUUUAUUAUGUGAUUAUUACUUAAAAAGUACAACCGAUAUGUCUUAUAAUAGUGUGGCCGAUAUGUGAAACAAUUGCACAUUUAAUGAUACAAGCGUAUAAUUUGGACCACAUAUAUACUACACAUAUAAAGGUUUAAAUUUAGAUAUGAGGCCAUUUCAGAUUUUGCCUUUUACAAAAAUGGCGGGCAUUCAAAAUGACGGCUAUACAUAUGUGUUUAAUAGUAUCAUAACUUUUGAACGAAAAGCCCGAUUUCAACCAAAUUUGGUAUAUAGGUUCUCUUUUUGAUUUAUAAGAUGGAUGUGGUGAACCAGAAGAAUCGGUUUACCAGAAAUUGUGUUUUUACUGGUUGUUUAUGUAAAAAUAUGUUUUUUUUUUCAAUUUUUUCCCUCUGUAUAUAUUAAUUUUUCAAAAAGGUAAUACCGCAAUUGAAAAGAGCGUAAAAAUAUUUUGUAGAAAACAUUUUGAUCUUUUUAGUUAUGUUAAUUACCAUUUAAUAAGUGCAUAACGUAUCUUCACAUGUACCUGUGUGUGGCAGAUUCGUGCAAAUAUUAUAAGAUAUAUUGUGCAUUUAAUGGUAGAAGCAUAUAAUUUGGACCACAUGUACUAAGCACAUCAAGGUUCAAAUUAAGAUAUAAGGCCAUUUCAGAUUCUACCUUUUUCAAAAAUGGCGGGCAUUCAAAAUGGCGACUAUACAUAUGUGACUAAUAGCACGAUAACUUUUGAACGAAAUUUCCGAUUUUACCAAAAUUUUGUAUAUAUGUUCUUCUUUUGAUGUGUAAGACCAAGGUCUUGAACCGAAAGAAUCGAUUUACCAGAAGUUGUUUUUUACCGAUUUUUAUGUAAAAGCAUGUUGUUUUUUUACCAAUUCUUUCACCCUGUAUAUAUUAAUUUUUCCAAAAAGUUAAUACCGACGUUAAAAAGGGCGUAAAAAUAUUUUUGAGGAAAUAUUUUGAACUCUUUAGUUAUGUUAAUUACCAAUUAAUAAAUGCAUAACGUAUUUUCACAUGUACCUAUUCACCCAUGUGCAGCCGAUUCGUGCAAAUAAUAUAAGAAUUAUUGUGCAUUUAAUGAUAAAAUCAUAUAAUUUGGACCACACACUACACACACAAAGAUUCAAAUUUAGAUAUGAAGCCAUCUCAGAUUUUGUUUUUUUUUUACAAAAAUGGCGGGCAUUCAAAAUGAAUCUGCCGCACAUAGGUAAUAGGUACAUGUGAAGAUACGUUAUGCAUUUAUUAAAUGGUAAUUAACAUAAUUAAAAAUUUCAAAAUCUUUCCUAAAAAAUAUUUUGACACUCUUUUCAAUGGCGGUAUUACCUUUUUGAAAAAUUAAUAUAUACAGGGUGAAAAAAUUGAAAAAAAAACAUUUUUACAUAAGAAAUAGUAAAAACACAACUUCUGGUAAACCGAUUCUUCCGGUUCAGGACUUCAAUCUUAUCCAUAAAAAAAAAAGAACCUGGAUGCCAAAUUUGGCUGAAAUCGGACUUUUCGUUCAAAAGUUAUCGUGCUAUUAGUCACAUAUGUAUAGCCACCAUUUUGAAUGCUCGCGAUUUUUGUAAAAGGCAAAAUCUGAGAUGGUCUCAUAUCUAAAUUUAAACUUUUGUAUGUGUAGUAUAUGUGGUCCAAAUUAUAUGCUUCUACUAUUAAAUUCACAAUAAUUCUUAUAAUAUUUGCACGCAUCUGCCACACAUAGGUACAUGUGCAGAUACGUUAUGCAUUUAUUAAAUGGUAAUUCACAUAACUAAAAAGUUCAAAAUAUUUCCUAAAACAUAUUCUUACGCUCUUUUCAAUGGUGGUAUUACAAUUUUGAAAAAAUACUAUAUACAGGGUGAAAAAAUUGGAAAUAAAUUAUUUACAUAAUCUAAAAUAGUUUUACAUAAAAAACCAGGAAAACACAACUUCUAGUAAACCGAUUCUUCCAGUUCACGACAACGAUCUUGUAAAUCACAAAAAGAACGUAUAUACCAAAUUUGGUUAAAAUCGGACUUUCCAUUCAAAAGAUAUCGUGCUAUUAGUCACAUAUGUAUAGUCGCCCAUUUUGAAUGACCGCCAUUUUUGUAAAAGGCAAAAUCUGAGAUGGCCUCAUAUCUAAAUUUGAACCUCUAUAUGUGCAGUAUAUGUGGACCAAAUUAUAUGCUUGUAUCAUUAAAUGUGCAAUUCUUAAUAAUAUUUGCACGAAUCUGCCGCACUAUAAAGCAGUAUUUUUACCGUGUCUUAAAAAUUAACUACAGCUGCUAAACUUCACACAAUUAGACAGCUUGUAAUCAGGUACUUUAUCAAGUUAAAAUAAUUUAACUUAAGUCCAAUAGACAUCACAUGUGCUAAGCUAAUUAAGUUUUAUGGUUUAUUUCAAUUAUUUUAUUGUUUAUUAUUUCCUUAAGGCAUUGAUUAAUAACUACAUAGAUACCUCACCUUUAGGUAAAACCGAAUUCAGUGUUAAACUCCGCCCAUUUACACCUCUUUGCCCCUCAAGUCUAAGUACUAACUGGCUGGACGGUGGCGACAUUUAUUGAAAUUUUUGCCAAGAUUGAAAAAUAAAUUUGAGUUGCUUGGCUGGCGUAAUAGACAACGAUAUAAGGGUAGUAUUCAGCAUUUUCACAAAUAAUUUUAACGCGAUUGUAAUCUCUAUUUUGGAAUUCCGAUUUUACUUCAGAUAAAACGCUAAAAAUUGAUUAAUAAAAAUAGUGAAGAGGUUUCUUAAAAAUUAUUUACUUAUUAAUACACUACAAAAAAACAACAAAAUAGAAAAUACAUAAUAAAAUUAGCAGGGAUAAUUCACAUGUAAAUUAUUUUUUGCAAUUUGUAAAAGAAUGAUAUUUUCAGAACUAAUGCGAAAUAAACUAUUUGAAGUUGAUAUACAGAAUUUCUUUCCAGAUCUAACCCAUUCACCCCAAGUAAAAUAUUGCAAAACCUCCGAAUUUUAAAGAAUCCAUUGGAUUGGCAUGAAAUUUGGUAUACAUAUAUCUUGAUAAAAUGACAGGGAAUUUCCAACAUAUAAAUAGUUGAGGGCCAUCUGCCUAGAAACAAUAGGUAAAAGCUGAUAAACGGACAGGAUUAGAAAGUUUAAAACAUCAUUAAUUAGAUCAUAUUUCAAAACAAAGUAAAUAAGUAUAUUUGAAUGUUAAUUCUUUUCAAACUAAGAUAGUAAAAUUAAAAUUUUAGGAAAAAAAGAUAUUUAUUAUUUCUUGUUCUCAAGAAGUACUUUCAUUAUUGACAAUAUCGAAACAAUUUAUUAUUAAAAGUCGAGAACAAUUAAAAGCCACGUUCAUAUUCAUAUGAAAGUGCUUUAAAAAUGAAGGUAUAUUACUCUUGAGAAGAAUUAAUAUUUUUUAACAAACUUAGUAUACGACUCACAAUAUUUGACAUCUGAUUCUUUCAUUUUGAGUUUUAGGACAUGCAAGUUUUUAUCAAUAAUACAUUUUUCCCUAAACUGAAUAAAAAAGUUUCCAUAUGAUUCCAAGGUUUUAAGACAUACUGAUAUUGUUUUCCUGAUAUUAUAAAAUACUUGUUAAUAUCUACUGUAUAAACUAAAGCUAAUAGUGUAGUUUAACAUUCAGUUGAGUCCACGAUUAUUUACCCGUGCGUCAUUAAUACCUGACGAGAUAAAACACAUACUUUUGAUCUAGCAUCAUUCGCAUGAAACUAAAGACAAACCAGCUACUGCCUGUUAUUAAGUAAAAACACAUGUUUUUUUUUAUGAACGCACUAGACUAACUCUAUUGCGCACAAUAGAGAAAAAAUUUUCUAGAGGAUUUUGGUUCAGAAAAGAUGUUAAAAGAUAUGACACAUUAUAUUAUUUUUGAAGUUCCUCCCACAAACAUAAAACUGACAAAAUGGUCCACUGAAAGCCGUGUAGACAGUGAAUAUUAUUUCUCUCUUUCUGAUUUUCAAAAACUUUAAUUUUUUUAAAAUAUUCUAAACCUGCUUUUAAGUUUUCGGUUGACUUACUUAAAGUUGACAUUGGCUUUCUGUUUGGAUUACUAUCACUACAAUAUUUGCUGUUAAGACCAUCAAAAAUAUUAUUUAUAAUUUUCAAAAAUUCGGCAGUAAGAGAAGCCGUUUUGGUGUGUAACUGCCCUACAGAUAUUGCUGAGGCAAUUGAGUUGGAAAAAAUUUGUGCUGCUAAUUUUACACGCAUUUUUUGAAAAUUAUUAGGGUUUAUAUGAACGUUUGAUAUUUUCACCAUGCAUCGUGCUCUCACACUGGUUCUAUCGAUGUUAUAUGUGUAUUCAAUAUCUUGCCACGAUAUUUGUUUAGAAUCGGCAAAAAACGUCAACUUUUUGUUAAGAAAAUUAUUUCUUAGACUUCUUAAUAAGUGGGGUGUAUCGAACAUAGUGAAAAUCCUCUGAUUUCCUAUUUCUAUUGCAGGCUGAUCCUUACAUGCGCCUAACAGCUUAAAUAAAGCUCUAUUAUUAGAUGCUUGAUCACACAACACUUUUGGUAUAUACUCAAUAUUUUGUAAUUUUGAAACAACUUCAACUACAAUGUUUUUUAAGUUGUCGCUAUGUAUUGGACCACCUGUAGCAAGCCGCGUAGCCUUAUGUAGCAAGCCGCGCAUCAUGAAAACCAGACCUGUGUUGGUAAGUUUGUUCUUCCUAAAGCACCUAAAUCUUGAAACCCUUCUAUAAUGUCAUCUAAUUUAUUGUACUCCAAUUGUUUUUUUAAAGAAAUUUCAUCAAACAUUAACACACAAAAUUUUUCCCACUCAUCCAUUGUCUCUGCUUUUUUCUUCAACUUGUCAAUUAAGGAAAUGUUUAAACCAGUUCUUAAUUUUAUGACACGCAACCAAGUUUGAAUUGUUUUUACUGAAGGUAAUAUAAAGUUAAGAGAUCUAAUUAAAAAUUUUUAACAACUAGGAGACUUAUAAUAAAUGGCCAGAGCUACAUCAUUUUCAUUGUGACUCCAUUGUGAACGAGUUUUGUGUGAAAACUGCAUAUUAACAAAAGUGUGCACGUAUAUGCUUUUAUUUUCUAACAGUACCUGUAUCAUGAAUUUGGUUGCCGAUUUUCUGUUUUUUGUUGUUCUUCUACAGCGCUGACUGUUCUUCUGACGGCACUUCUUCUUUAAAGCAUUUACUUGAUACUCCAAUUUUUUUACCUUCUCCGUCAAUUCAGUUUCAAGUUUUGUGGACAAAUUAAUAUCAAAACUGGAAAUAUCACUGAGACUACUACUUGAUCUCUUAGGCGAUGGAGUUGACCUAACCAUACAAUGGCCACUUGUAGAUCUUUUACGUUUCGUACCGCAAUAAACGUAUGUAGAGCAUAAUACUGGUGGGGUAUCACCUAAAAUAGGUAAUCAUUGAAAUGUAUGUGUAAUUUUAAUUAAAGCAAAACAAGCAUCUCCGUUAUUUCUGGAGUGAUACUAACAACGCAUUCAUAUUUAAAAAAAAUCUCUUUUGAUUUAAUUGUAUAAAAAAUAUAUAAAUCACUCAAUAUCAACUGAUUUUAUAUAAAAUAUAUUUUAAUAGUAUUAUUCUCAUUGACAAAGCGCAUUAGGCAAACAUAAAAAUAUUUCCAAAGUUGAGUACUCACCUAAAUCAGUUGCUAACUGUGCAAAUUUUAGAGGAACAGCAUUUUUCCUUAAUAACUUUCUUUGACCACUUUUGUAAAUAUGUUCCACUGCAUAAUGAUGCUGGCAAAUUACCCUCUGUUUCAGGUCACUGAUAUCCAUCAAUAUAAUAUCAAUAUUUCCGCAGUUUUUUUGCCAAAUUUUUGUGCGCUCUACGUCUUUCAGGGAAAAUUUAAAGAAAGAUAUAUUAUUAUUUGUUCCAUCGUUUCUUUCAAAACACCCCGCGUAAACACACUUAUGCGUUACAGAGGCCAUUUUAUCUAAAAUGUGAGUCCUUUUUUUAUUUUGCUAUAACUUGUCACAACACUUGUCACAGUUAAUACACCUAUAGGGUAAGUUCGGCCCUGACACUACUCCUACCUCCUCGCAAGUCAGAGAGAGAAUGAGAAAUCUCGAUACGGUUUUCGAGUAGCGCCAUCUAGUUGUUGAUACGUCUUUCGGUUACCAAGAGAUGAGCUAUCUAGUGGAAUAUUUAUAAUCAAUGCUUAAGGGGAACGGAGCAAAAUGCAAAGUUUUGACGCAUGUCAAAAUUUUCAAUGUGUUUUAAAUACAUGUAAUAUGCUACUUUUUACAUCACUAUAGACUGGGACUUGGGACUUUUGACUUUUUUAAAACUAAAUUGAUGUUGCUCUGAAAAUACAAAGUUGAUUAAUUUUACAAUAUUUACAAACUUAAAAUUAUACUACCUGAAAAUACAAAGAAACAACAAUUUAAGCUAAUUAUUAUGCGUAAAAAAAUUCUUAAUCAUUUAUGACAGUAAGUAAUUUUAAGAAAGGUUAUUCAUGACAUUUUGUCACUGUCACUUCACUUUAUCUUGCUACGUGGCUAGUGUCUCAGCUACUUGCUUCAAAUUUAAAUUAAUGAGAAUCUCGACAGCAGAUAUUGUAUGUCGGGAUUUCUCUUUACAUCUCCCCCCUUCAGGUGAGAACUAGACAGGUAUUUGUGUGUUCGUUUUUGGAUUCUUCAAACAACGGUGUUAGUUUUGUAAUGUGGAACAGGUUUGACUCUUCUUUACUGUGUCCAGUGUCCAAUUCGUAGAUAGAAUUCGACCAUCUCUUCUUAAUUGUGUACGGUGCAGUUCGCAAUUCGUUUAGCUUUGCUCUGUUUAAUUUAUUACCAUUUUCCACGUAUACUUGGUCUCCAACAUUUAGUUGUAGGUCUUUUCGAUGUGCAUCAAAUCUUCUUUUGUUGUAUUUAUGUGAUUUUAAUGUAUAUUUCAAUGGUGAUUUUCUAUCUUUACUUAAUUUUUCUUGGGUGACUGUAGGUCGUAUUUCAUCAGGUAGAAUGUUUGUGUUUUCACCUUAUACUAGAUAUUUUGGAGAAAACCUUGUUAUCGUAUGCUCUGUUUUAUUGUAGGCCGCUACACAUUUUUGUGCAACUGUCGCCCAUGCAACUUUGUUUUUUAUUUCAUUUAUUUUACAUCUUAUUUUAUUUACGAGCGUUUAGUUUACUUUCAUUCAGCCCAUUAGAAAAUGGUGCAUCAACAGCAGUGAAUACUAGUUUUGUAUUAUUAUUCUUAAAAAAUUGUUUGUAUUCCUUCGAGUUUAUUCCAGGGUAUUGAUUUGCCAACACUAUGUCGACUUGGUAAUUGUCUGUUACCAUUUUUGUCAAUUUUAUAAAAUCCAUUGCACUUUGAUUCUGAGAUGUUAAAAUAUAAACGUACCUUGUAAAAUGUUCAAUUAAUAUAUGGAGGUACUUCUUUGUUGACCGACAUCCACCAAAUCCUCCAACAGUGUCUAUAGAAACUAUUUCAAAUGGUCGUUUUGCUGGACCUAAAUGUGACAUCCACCCAUAUUUGGGUUUUCUUCUUGAUUUGUUUUUCAAACAAAUUUCACAGUUAUUGCAUAUUUUUCUUAUGUUUUUUAAAAGUUUUUUUGCUGUAUAAAAUGGAGUUAUCUUGUUUAUCAUCUGUGUUUGUCCUAAAUGACAAUAGGUGUAAUGUGUCCUUUUUAUUAGAUAUAUACUAAAUUUUUCUGAUACUAAAAUUUUGUUUUUUUUUUUUCUUAUUUUUCUAUAAUAGGUUCCAUUCUUAAAUGUGAAAUUACUAUUGUGUAAAUCGCUUUGAUCUUGUUUUAUCUCUGCGAUAUAUAUUAAGUUAAUUUUUCUUAUGGAUUCACUCAUUUCUAAAUCACUAUAAUAGUGUUUUACAAACUGAAGAAAAUCGUCCAAAUUUUCCUCUGGUUCUAAUACUGGAUUUCUGCUCAGACAGUCCGCUUCUUGGUUUGUUGCCCUUGGAUUAUAUUUAACCCUAAAAUUGUACUGUGAUAAGUAGUAAGCCAAAUCACCUAAUUCUUCAUCAGUUAUAGAUUUAAAAUUCAAAUUUUCUAAGGGUUUAUGGUCAGAAUAAACCCAUUAGCCAAUGUUGCCAAUAUUUUACAGCUUCUUUUAUGGCUAAGCAUUCUAGAUAUAUUGCUUUUUCUCUUUUUUGCUUCUUUUAAUUUUUUUGAAAAAUAUGCCACUGGUCUACUAUUACCAUUUUCAUCGUCCUGCUUUAGCACAGCUCCCACACCAAUCAUGCAUGCAUCUGUGUAGAUUUUAAUUGGGACAUUUGGGUCAAAUAUCUUUAGAAUUGGUUGUGAACACAACCAAUUUUUUAUCUUAUCGAAGGCUUCUUGACAUUCUUUUGUCCAGAUGAACUUACAUCUUUACUUAAUAGUUUAUAUAGCGGUUCAAGUAUAACUGCUCUGUGAGGUAUAAAUUUUUGAUAAAAAUUUAUUUUUCCCAAAAAUUGACGGAUAUUUUUUCUCGUUUCCGGAACUGGAAAAUGUUUUAAAGCGGUCAGAUAAUCUUUUAAUGGUCUCACCGAAUUCUUUUCGAUUAUAUGUCCCAAGUAUUUUGCACUAUUUUUCGCAAAUGAGCAUUUUGAGAAUUUUAGUUUAAACCCUUCUUUCAUAAUUGUUUCCAAUAAUGUAGAUAUAUGUGAAAUGUGAUCUGUGAAUGUCUUUGAGAAUAUUAUAAUAUCAUCAAUAAAGUUUAUUGCAAAAUCUGACAUUUUAUAUUUUCUUAUUAUGUUACUCAGUAUUCUUUGGAAAAUGGCUGGUGAUGUCUUCAAUCCAAAUGGUAGACAGGUCCAUUGGAAGUGUCCCUCUUGUGUUACAAAUGCUGUUUUAUGUUUAUCUUCAAUUUUCAUUGGAAUUGACCAGAAUGCAGAGUUAAUAUCUAAUGUUGUAAAGUAAUUACAGUUUACUGUUUUUAUUAUUAAAUCUUCUAUCAAUGGAAAAGGCUGUGAUUGAGGUGUGACUAUUCUCUAGUUCUCUAGGUGUGAAGUUCUCUAAAGUCUAUACAGAGUCUUGAUUUUUUCCCUCUUCUUUUUUAUAUGCCAAUGUAACGGGAGCAGCAAAAGGACUAUAUGAUUCUUCAAUUAAACCCUUUUCCAAUAGUUUUGCUACUUGAUUUUCUAUCUCUUUUCUGUCCUCCAUUGUGCAUCUGUAGGGGCGUUUGUAACAGUAUUUUUCUACCAUUAGAUCAAUGUGGGCUUCAUAAUCUUUAACUGUACCAACAUCAUAUUUGUCCUUGGCAAAUACCGUUGCAUAUUUAUCAAUUAUUUCUUCAAUUUUAGCUUGUUUAUCUGAAUCUUAUUGUUUCUGAAUUGUUUAUGUGAAUACAGUUAUUCAUAUAAAAUUCCCUAUCUAGAAGGUCUUGUCAAUAUUCUUUCAAUGUCAUAUUUCAGUCUGUCAGUUUGAAGCCAAGAUGAAGACUCCAUUAUAGUCUCAUUAUAUUAUUUGAACAUCGACUUAUUGUCGACAUUGUUGUAGCCGAAAUGGCUUAAUUUUUGUGAUGCUAAGGUCAUUCGACCUAACUAUGUAGCUAGUUCCAACUACUUUGGAUCUGAAGUAAGUAACCACAUGUUUUAAUUUUUUCUAACUUUCUAACAGUCAAAAUUUCAGGUUUGCCUUUUUAUACAGUGGUUUACUUAUUUUAGAAUUACGUAUUUUUUAUGGGAAAUAAGCCACAAUUUUACUAAAAAAUGAAUUUAUUAACGUUUCGAAGCCCAAAUCGGGUUUCGUUGUCAAAAUACAAAAUACUCUUAUUAUGUUAUUAUUUAUUUUAGGUUUUAACCUGAUGAUGGACUGAUUAGUCCGAAAACGUUUGUGUUUUUUGUACUAGUGAUGUACCCACUUUAAUCCAACUUGGAUCUUUUUAGAAAAAAAAAUUAAUAAAUUUAUAUACCAUCUACCUACAAGUGAAAGUUUUACUUGCUUAGUAAGUUUUUUAUUAUGGUAUACAGCCAAUGAGAGGAAUAUUUUCCUUAAUAUUUUAAAAAUACUAUGUUACGCAGACAACGCAAUAUUGAUAGCCCAAGAUGAAGAUAGUCUGCAAAUAUUAGUCCACAGAUUGAACGUAAAGGCGCAUUUAAAUCAAAGCGAACACGAACGAACGAACGAAUUCGUUCGUUAACUUUAUUGUAUUUGUACAGCGAAUCGAGCACGACCGAACGAAUUCGUUCGUAUUUGCACAUGUUCCAACCGAUGUCGGUAAGUUAGCGAAUCAUCAAAGGAAAUCGUUGUUCAAUGUGGACAGUGGAUAAUAGACGGUAGCGAACGAAUUCGUUUAGAAGGACUGAUUUAAUUUAUUUACAAACAUUAGUUUGAGAGGGUUGUUUAUUGUGUAGUCGUGAAAACAUAAUUUUGCAAUAUGGAAUAUGCCUAUGAAACCCAAAAUCGAAGCUAUAUAAAAUAAUAAACAGAAAAACUGAUGCUUGUUUUAACAUUUCUAUAUGAAUAGGUUGUGAUAUCUCUGAAUAAAAAAAAAAUGAAUUAGCUUCUGGCAUCAUUUAGACGAGAAAGACAAAAAGAGGGUUCGACGUGGUUUGCUUUUAAAAGCCUAAUGUUUUUAUUGGAUAAAUUUCAACCCAGAAACACUAAUGAGGUAACCAAAUCAAAUUAAUUGCUAAAAUUAAUUAAAAGCAAAUUUAUUUUGAUACACCAAUGUUACAAUUUAUUAUUUGAACAUAAUAUAGUCAUAAAAUCAAGAGCAAGUAACUUUUUCAAGGAAGAAUUUUAAGAAAUCUGGUUCUUUAUUAUAGCUAGAAGAAAUCUGGUUCUAUAUUUAAGCUCCCUCAAACAGCGUAUAAUACCUGCUACCUGGCUGCUGUUCCAGAUCGCGUUAAUUAAUUCGAAGCACAUUACAGGUAUCUACCUAAAUAUAUUGAAUUCAAAAUUAUUUUAAGAAGAUAAUUUUUUUGUCAUUACUUUUGUCAUUAUUAGAAAAAUGAAUACAAAUAUUUUAUCAGAAAUUUAUAUGCUAAAAAGUGUUACGUUUGAACUGUACUCUUGUGCUGAAUGGAAGCAUGGACAUUAAAGGCCAGUUCCAUUAACAAAUUUGCAGUGUUUGAAAUUUGGUGUCUACGUUGAAUGUUUGAAUAUCAUGGACAGACAGAGUCAGAAAUGAUUAAGUACUAAGAAAAGCGGGUUUACAGGAAAGGGAACUUUUUAAUUAUGUUAAAAGUAAGAAAACUGCAUACUUGGGGCACAUAUUACGAGGGAAAUGAUAAAAUUUUCAGCAACAUACUCGACAGAAAGAUAGAGGGUAAGAGGGGUCUGGGAAAGAGAUGUCAUGGCUGCGUAAUCGCCACCGCCAGUGGAUAAGAAUCCACGGCUAUGAAAUGCUUUGCAAUGCUACUAAAAACAGUAAUAUUUUAUAAAUCACGGCAUCUUGAGAAGAAGAAGAAAUAUUAGUUUAUAAUUGCUAGUCAUUUUUGGUUUUAUAUACAGUAUAAAUUAAAGAAAUAUGGAACAUAGCUUUUUAAGACACAGUGUUUGAACUGCAUUUGAGAUAGUGGACCAAUAUAAAAGUUCCAGACAUUAAAACCAGAAAUCAUAGCAACAUUAACAUUGGCAUGUAGAAAAUAUCUUUGAACUAGAACCUCCUACUUCUAUCUCUCUUUUUGGGAGUUUACUAAAAUAGCGAGCCCAGCCGAAUGAGCCGAAAGUACAUAAUCGGACUUAAGGGUCCGCACCGCGCCAAGGAAUAGAACCGAACCGAACCCACUACCUACAUGCACAGACAAGGCGAUUGCAGAUACGCGGUACGAAUGGGUUAUUAUUUUUAUAAGUUUUUGGAUAUGUAUUUAAAACAUAUAAUUUAACCUAAAAUAUUUAUGGAUAUAUAAUUUAACCUAAAAUAUUUAUUUUAAUAUUUAUAUUGCUAAAUAUUUCAUGUGUAUCUAUUUACGGAUAGUGAUGAUUGGCAUUAUACAUAAUAUUAUGUAUAUUGUUCUAAAGCUAUUUUUUGUGGCGUUUGUGUAAUUUAUUUUUAUAAAUGGGAAAUAAGCCACAAUUUAACUUAAAAAAUGAUUUUGUUAACGUUUCGACCUCCACUUCGGACGUCGUUGUCAAAAUACACAGUAUUAAUAAAUUAAACAAAAAUGUUGUUGCUUAGUAAAAAAAAUUUCUUCUAAUAAUAUAAUUUAUUCUAACUCAUUCAUAUCGGCAAUUAUUAGAAGAUUUUUUUUACUAAGCUACAACAUUUUUGUUUAAAUUAUUAAUAUUUUGUAUUUUGACAACGACGUUCGAAAUAAAAGUUAACGAAAUAAUUUUUUAAGUUAAAUUGUGGCUUAAAUAAAUUACAUAAACGCCACAAAGAAAUAGCUUCAGACAAUAUUUUAGGUGAAAAAAUAUGUUUUAAAUAUAUCCAUAAACUUACUUAUAAAAAUAAAAUAAUCUAUUCGUACCGCGUAUGCACAAAAAGCUAGAAGGAUCUGCAAAUUCUGCAAUCACCUUCUGCAUGUAGUCAGGUCGCCGGUCGGUUCGGUUCUAUUCCAUAGAUUAAUAAUAUAGUAUUAUGGUUCUAUUCCUUGGCGCGAUCGCGAGGCGGACCCAUAGGAACCGGUCGUAUAAUAAUUCUUAUACCUGAUUCUGACCUAGAGGUGGGCUAGAAGUAUUUGCAAUCAUGUAACCGUAACCCAUCGUAAGUUUUAUCUGUGAUUGUGAUUUAACAGAGCAACAAAAUAGUUAUUAUUUUGUUUAGAGUCUAGGUCAUGAUUAUAAAAUUAGGUCUGUUAGAAUGAGAAACAAUUUUAUUCAAAAAGAGUUUUUGUAAUGAAAAUAAUAUUGCAUUAAUAAAUAAUUUCAUGUUUUUUUCAUUGUCUUAAUUGUUAUUAGAAAAUCUAACAAGAGCAUAGGCGCCAAAUUUCGGACCAAUGCUUUCUCAAUGCAUUCAUUUUUUUCGAAUUUUAAGAAAAUAAUAAGUAUUUUUUUGAAAAAUAUAAACGCGGAAUGAAAGAUUACAUUAUUAUCUAGGGCCGAAAGUCCAUUAGAAUAAAAAAACUGUCAUUUGAAUGAGAUAUUUGAAAUUAAAAAUCACACUCAAUUUUCUCUUCUUUUUACCGCUGUAACUUAUAUUAGAAGUUAUAGAACACAUUAUAGAAGUUUUCAGGGACUUUUAGCACUCGGUAAUUAUGUAAUUUUUUAUUCUGCUUUUAAAUUUUUCAAAAAUACUUACUAGUUUUCUUAGGAUUCGAAAGAAAUAAAUGCAUUUAAAUAGCAUUGCCCCGAAAUUUUGCGCCUACCCUCUUAAAAACGAAAUACAAAGUAAACUUUAAAUACCAAUAUUUGCUACAAAUACUUAUUAGUUACUAUUUGGUAUCCGGAUCUGCAGAUGUUUUCUCAUGUUCUAAUAAAAUUUGAGUCGUAAAUCCUUUAUCUUUUUGUUCCAUUCCAAGUUUUUCUGCAAUAAGAGCGAUUCUAUUUUCUGUGCUAUUUCCGCAUUUGUUGGAUCCUUAAAAGGAAUUAGUCGAAUCCUUAUUCUGCCAAGAAAAGUUGAAACAGUUUAUCGACAGUUUAAUAAAAUACUCAUACAUUGUUGAACUAGUGUUUACGUACAUAUUUGUUAUGCUUAUAAUAGCCUUAACAAUUUCUUCUAGCUGAAUAAAUCUUUCCAACAUAUAAAAUGUCGAAUUACAACAUGUGGAAACAUCUUGCAGUAAUUUGAGAGGAUUCCCGUUUCCUGGAUUUUUUCAAAAUCUAAAAGUUUAGCAGUUGCUUGUAGAACUCUUUUUAAAGUGGCUAAUGGUAUUUUUUAUUUUGGUUAAAUUUUUAAUGAUUUUCUUAUAUCACUUUUGAUAACAACAUCUGAGGUAGAAGUUGAAACGUCAAUAAAAUCAUUUUUUUAAGUUAAAUUGUGGCUGAUUUCCUCAUCCGUUAAGCCAUCGUUCACAAUAAAGUUUAUUUAUUGUGUGUGCAAAGCAUGCAAAAUGUUUCAUUUUCACAUCAUUUUGUACCACCUUUAACAUUUUGUGCAUUAUAGGAAACAAUAAUGUAUUAAAAUUUUGUUUUCUAAGUUCUCUAAGUUUGAUAAGACAGCUUUAUCUUACAAAUAUUGCAUGAUGCAUAAUUAUCAUCCACUUAUAUAAAAACGUUCCAUAAACUACUAAAUUUUUCUAUUUUUGUUUGGCCUAAUGGCAUGGUAUGCGUUCUAAUAGCAAACCCAAUUUUGUAAUAGUGACCUAAACAAAAUAAUAACACGUGUAGAAUUUUACGAUGGUCCACAGUGGUAACACUUUUUAUUAGGAGUUUAAUAUACGAAUAUUUCGUUGCUCUGUUAAAUCACAAUUGAAUCGGUCAUUGCGAAAACAAUCUAAGACCAUAUUUUGGGUAAAAUGACGACGCUUUUCAACGCCAUUAAAUUUACAAUUACAUUAUACAUAAACAUUUAAACUUGUUUUGCCUUUCAGAAAGAUUCAUUUAUAACCCAUAAUACUUAUACAGAGAGCACGUAAAGGUUGGAAUAAAUUAAUUUUCUCGAGAAUGGACAAUUUUGGAAAAAAAUCCCGAAAGAGGUCAAUUUUUAUUUUUAAAUUACGACUUUUUGUCAUAUAUAUCAUACUAGUGACGUCACCCAUCUGGGC